AUGCUGACAGUAUGUAAUUGUUUUCUUGGUCAGAAAGAACAAGUUCAACAGUCAGAAAGAGUAAAAUCUCUGGAUGUACAUCCCACAGAACCAUGGAUUUUGGCAAGUCUGUAUUCGGGAACUGUGUGUAUCUGGGACUACCAUUCUCAGGAACUGGUAAAGUCUUUCAAGGUCACUGAAUCACCAGUUAGGUCUGCAAAGUUCAUAGCAACCAAACAAUGGGUUAUUACCGGAGCUGAUGACAAGUUUAUCCGAGUCUUCAACUAUGAUACAAUGGUUAAGGUUGCAGAAUUUGAGGCACAUACCGAUUACAUUAGGAGUGUUGCAGUCCAUCCCACCCUUCCAUAUGUGCUGUCGGCUUCUGAUGACAUGCUCAUAAAGCUUUGGGAUUGGGAGAAAGGUUGGGAGUGUGCUCAAAUCUUUGAGGGACAUGGCCACUAUGUGAUGCAGGUAGCCUUUAAUCCCAAAGACCCCAGCACCUUUUCAAGUGCAUCACUUGACGGCACCAUAAAGAUUUGGAAUCUGAGCUCUCCUGCUCCAGAUUUUACCUUGGAUGGCCAUUCAAAAGGGGUGAAUUGCAUUGAUUACUUCAUGAGUGGCCCUAAACCAUAUCUAAUCUCUGGUUCUGAUGAUCACACUGCUAAGGUCUGCUAGUACUCUAUAUUUUUCAUGACUGUAUGGAGAUCAUGUGUAAAUAUUAGCU